CUCCAGCGCCUGCACGUCGUCGGCGAGACGAGUCGCUGGGUCGUCGUCGACAAGCCGAGCGGCGUGCCCUGCCACGCGAGCGACAAGGGCGACGGCGUGCUGACGCUGCUGCGCCGCGACGCGGUCGAGCGCGGCGAGCGCGACGCGGCCGUCGCCGAGUACCGGCUCGUCCAUCGCCUCGACGACGGCACGUCCGGCUGCCUCGCCAUCGCGAAGGAUAGGGAAACGGCGACCCUCCUCGGCGCCGCGUUCCGCGAGCGGCGCGCGCGCAAGGCCUACGUGGGCCUCACCGACAAAACGCCGAAAAAAAAGCAGGGCGUCGUCGCGGGCGACCUCGUCAAGGCGCGGCGCGGCGCGUUCAAGCUCGCGCGGACGCGGACGGUCGGCGCCUGCGCGGUGACGGCCAUCACGAGAACGGCGGGCCUCGGCGCGGCGGCCGCCGGCGACGCCGCGCGAAAGUUGUUGGUCGCGCGGCCCGUCACGGGCAAGACGCACCAGAUCCGCGUCGCGGCCAAGUCGCUCGGCGCGCCCCUGCUCGGCGACGACCUCUACGGCGGCGCGGCCGCGGACCGGCUCUACCUCCACGCGGCCGCGCUCGCGAUAGACGACGCGGGCCUCGACGUGUCGACGCCGCCGCGGACCGGCGCGUCCUUCCUCUCGGAG